AUGUUCAUAAUUUAAAGAAUAAUUAAUAAGGAAUUCAUAUUUAAUAAAGUUAAAAAAGAUUUGAUUAUUUAAUUUAUUUAUUAUUUAAAGGCCAGAGAUCUAUAUCUGGUCACCAAAAUAGAGUAAUUUAUAUUUUUAUUUAAGCCAAACUCUAGUGGAGCAUGAGAAAGCAUUAGCCAUCGAUCCAUUAAAACGAAUAUACUAAUAAAUUUUUAUUUACAAAUAAAAUUUUGUAAAGAGUUUUCAACACUAGAAAAUGCUUCUUGGGAGAUUGUUUAAAAGCUCUGAGUGGAAAAUCUGAAAUACUCAUCAAUUCAUUAUACAAGUAUUUCGAUAUUUUAUUAUAAAGCUAAAUGUUUAUAUUAUAUUGAACAUCCUGUCAAAUUUGGAUUAUGUUAG